ACGAGUUGGAUGGGUAAAUUGGUCACUGAAUUCUUUAGUCUAAUGGGAAUAUCAAUGAAUGAGAUCGAUCUAUAUCCCUCUCCUUGAUCUGAUCGGCUUGCUUAAGAGCGGCGGUUUUGAUCUCGUCGGCUUUCUUGGAGGGCUCGGCGGCGAACUUUGGGAUUUUGGCGGAGGUGGUGAACUGGUGAUGGUCUGAUUUAUUGGCUGCUUCUUCGGCGAAGCUAUUGGGUCGUUUCCACGAAGCUUGAGGCUCAGCUCCUGGAGAUUGCAAAGCAACAUGAGGCGGAUGAGUUUACAAUCGAGUGAUGGGAAGAGGACACCUCAGUCUAACAAAGGGAGGCUUGCUUCUGAGAUUGUUCUCUCACUCGGAUCCGCUCUCAGAAGUCAGGCACGGUAGUGUCACUCAUCCCACGAUUCGCGCUACGGAAUCGGAAUCGGAAGCGAAGCGGCCCGGAGCGCACGGAAGAAUAGCAGUGGAUCGAAUCGAUCUCGGUGAAAUCAAAUAUAGGGUUUCUCAGUGUGGAUCUGCUAAACUAUGAGGGGGUCAUCUGGGUCUGAGAAUAGAAGUUGGUCAUGGAACGGCAACGACGAUGGGGUAACGCGGUCGUAAUAAGACGGCGAUCGGCGAGGUUUCGGAGCCGGGUGGUCGGCUCGUGUCGCUUCUUCAAGAUUUCCGGGAAAACCUCUGGUUUCUAUUCUAGGAAUUCCCAUGACCAGAUCUGCCGUCAUUCCAGAUCAGCUCGAACCCAAUCAACAUACCACAGGGUUAUUCUUCAGGCUUCACAGGGGCAGCUUGUUCCUCAAACUCACCUACGACUGCACCAUUCUCAAAAUCUACUUGUGCAGAUUACAAAGCAUGUGCACCUUGAUCUCUGGCUGCUAGCUACUAUAUAG